AAUUACCCUCCACUUCACACUAGAUUAGUAUCACCUUGCAUCACCAAUCAGCUCCAACAUCAGCACGUGAACGGUCUCGUAGUCCUCUCGGAGCCUAUGAGACCGUUCCGUGCCAGCCGUCGUCGUCGACAGGACCCCCUGGUGCACCAUAUCAACCGCCCACGCAUAUAGAAGUUUCUGUCGAUUUUACGAGGCCCGAUGGGCAGAGGACGAGGCCACUUUUAGUUGAGAAUAGACGAUUAUAUGUAGAUGAACAUUAUAUUUCUGUUUGGAGUCCUGUUUUGAGGGCGUGGUGUGUAGAAUGUCCGGAUCGUGAGUUAAUAUUGGCAAAUGUGCAAUAUGAGCAUGUUCUGGAAAUGUUAGAAUGUAUACAUCCAACAUAUAAAGCCGUAGAUGACCAAUCAGUUCAUAUACUUUUACCGUUAGCUUAUGAUUAUCAGAUGGAAGGAUUACUGCACCGUUGUGAAUGUUUCCUGAUCAGUCAUAAUUUACCAUUUCUCGAAAAAGUGUGGAUAGCGGAUAGAUACAAGUUAAAUCGACUUCUAGUACUAUGUCUACGUGAGAUGAGGCCCAAUUCCAAAGUUGAUCUGAACGGAUCAAGGUACUAUGCACUGUCGGAUCGAGUGAAAGUACUACUUUUGGAACGACUACACGGAGCAGCUGCUCCAGAAGAAAUUCUCGAGCCACCGUUAGACCUUGAGCCUUAUCAACGACAAUCUGACGUGAAUUUUGCGGCGGUCCGCGCGAAAACCGGCCGAUUAUAUUAUGUUAAUCCGUUUUAUAUGGCCGCUUGGAGUAAUGUUUUCGAAGAAAAGCUGUGCACAACGAGCAGUGGGAUUGAGGAAAUGUUUUGUCCGUGUACUCAUGAAGAGCUUAAGGCAUUUCUCAUGGCGAUACAUCCUCCACAGUUGAGGAUUAAUGAGACAAACAUCGGCCCGAUCCUAAUGUCAGCUUGCAAAAUGGAAUCACCGGCUCUGCUCCGAAAAUGUGCAAAUCUUCUGCUCUCACCGCACACCCAAUUGUCAGUUUUUGUGAGGUUAUCCCUCCUCGAUAGGUGUUUCCUCCACGAGAUGCUUCCACAAUGUCUACAAAUGGUUUUGAGGCCCGAGAAUUUGAUUCAAAUGACGCAGCAGACAACUUACGACUGUCUCUCCACCCGAGCCAAGGCCGCAAUGAUGGAUCGUCUAGGCGUCCUACUCGACAAUCCAGGUCUCCAAACCCAUCACUGCUCCCGAUGCAAAGUCACGAAUACCUGCGGAGCUGUAACAUGGAUGUGCCCAUCGUGUAAAACAUAUUCAUCCGACACAACACUCAUGAAAAACCCCAACAAUGUCACGACAGGUACGACUACAGUAACCCAGGGUUACGGUAGUGGUACUGUAGGUGGUUUGAUGAAUCGUACAUAGUUCUAGCGAUGUUUUUUUUCGAAUUUUUUUUACAAAAUUGUAUAAUUUAAUUUAACUAUUCAUUUUAAUAUUAUUAUUAUUAUUAUUAUUAUUAUUAUUAUUAUUAUUAUUAUUAUUAUUAUUAUUAUUAUU